AUGUUUGAUGGCGACGGGCAUCGUGCGUCUGGACGUGCGGUCGCUUUUCGCUCUGAGAUUUCCGGGCUACUAUCAUGCAGAUCACACACUUCGCGAUGUUCUAGCGAUGUCGACGCCGAUGGUGUACCGUUGAUAUACAGAUGUCGUUUGCUAUAUAGAUGCGAUGAACGGCGACCAGCGGUAGAGGGACUAUCAGAGCUGCAUCUACUAAACCAUGCAAUGUCUGAUUGUCCGGUGGAAUUGGAUCGUGAUCGGCGAUGUACACUUGGAGAAUCGAGAUGCUCGAUGGAUUUUGAACUGACAUGUAGAUCCACUGAUGAUUUCGACUGGCCAUUCAUGGCUGAACUAAACAAGGAGCAGGACGAGGAAGAGGAAUUAUCAUUCACCGAGACUGCCAAAUUUUGCGGCGCACCCAAAUUACUGUCCGCGCCAGCGCUUGCACUACUGCUGCUUCGGGCUUCUUUCAACAGCUGGUCAAUUUGGUCUGCUGACAGAACUGUACUGACCUUUCGCACAUCUAUAACAAGCAUACAGGUCUUUCAAAAAAAUUUUUGUGCUUCGAGUCCUAUGCGAAUUCCUGUCCACUUGCACAUUUACUUUGGCUCUUUCAUAAAUUUCUAA